AUGAAACGAAUUUCAUUCCUGAUUUUUAUAAUAUUACUGUGUGCAAUUCGGGAAGGACCUACCACAUACAAGGACCUUGGAUGUGUUGAGCCCGAACAUGGAUACGUCCAUAGGUUGAUCCAAUACUUCACAGCAACAAAAAUUGAAAAACUGUGCCCAACUCACAUGGAUCUGGUAUGCAGAAUUGGAUAUGAGGUGUUCUCCAUUAUUAUCUGUAUGCUUAUCACACUGUUGCUUGUCUCAGUGCCAUCUAUUGGAAUCGCCCUCAAAAACAGAUUGUCAAGAAUGGUGUCGAUGGCACAAGAGUGGAAAAACCGUGUAUUCCGUUGUCGUUACUGUGGAACUAACCCGUGUCAGGUGAAAAGAAGAUCUACCUGGUUAAAGUUACGCCCUCCUAGUAAUAACAAUGAUAAUUAUUCCGAACGCUCUAACGCCAUGAUGCUCUAUAACUGCGGCUUGGAAGUGUCCACGCUACUGACCAAAGAGCUUCCUCAGGACGACACGUACUGGGAGAGAAGAUUCUGUCAGACAUUUGAGGAAAAGCAUAUGCGUUUGUUUCCACUGUGCAUCCAGCGUCAGAUCGACAACAGCUAUCCCGUCCCCCGGUAG